CAUAAAAUAGUUUAUUUUAUUCGUAAUAUGGUUUUGCAAAAAAAAAUCUAUAAAACUUGUCUUGAACAGCAAUGUUAGUUUCCAAUGUUAGUAACGAUUCGGAAUUAUUAAAUUCUCACUUUACCAGCACGGAGUUAUAUAUAAUAAAUUAUCUAUAAGACUUAUGUUGGUUUUCAAUGUUAAAAAUGCUAGUUAAAAAUGUAACUGACGAUUCUAAAUUAUUAAAUUCUCGGUUUAGUAACACCGAGUUAGGUUUUUUGGUGUUUGGACUGACACUUAUUAGUUUUAUUGCAACAACUGCAAACAUUUGUGUUUUUAUUGCUUAUGUCAAAAAUCAGAGUCUUCGAACUGCUUCAAAUUGGUUGAUAUUGUCAUUAGCAGUAGCAGACACUUGGAUAGGUGCAGUUUCUAUAAAUUUUUAUACAGUUUAUUUGGCCUACGGAUAUUGGCCGUUGGGUAAAAUUGCAUGUAACUUUUGGCUAUCAACAGAUUAUUGGUGCAGUCAAGCAAGUGUAGUCCACUUACUUGUUAUAUCAGUUGAUAGAUAUCUUGUGAUUAGAAUUCCUUUGGCUUACAGAUCUGUGCGAAGUAAUUUACGUCUUAAGUAUGUUAUACUUUUUGUGUGGUUUUUGUCGUUUGUUCUUUGGGUACCUUGGAUAAUAUCUUACCCAUAUAUUGUUGGUAAACAAGAUGUUCCCGUGGAUAAGUGUUAUAUUCAAUUUCUUACUGACAGUGUUUUCUUGACAGUUUUUACAGCAUUAUCUGCUUAUUAUAUUCCUUUGUUAAUGAUGAUUUUUAUGUAUAUUAGAAUAUAUACUUUUCUGCAUAAACGUAAACGUGCCGUUGAUAGAGUUAAAACACCAAACUAUUUUGGUGAUUUAGCUGAUACUUCGGUUUGUUGUGUCUCUGUUAUUCAAACAAAUACUUGUCUUGAGGUUGAUUCAAUUGUAAAUAAUAAAGAGUUAAGUAAGACUUGUCAAGUCUUGCCAAAAAAAUUAUAUAAAAACUACGACAGAGCAAAAAAGUUAUUAAUUCUAAUUAUCCUUGCAUACGCAAUCACCUGGUUUCCUUAUAAUGUGUUUGCCGUUAUUUCUCCAUUUUGUAGUAACUGUGUUACAGCUCCGUUAUGGGAUUUUGGAUAUUUGUUUUGUUACAUUAACUCGCUAGUCAAUCCUUUUUGUUAUGCAUUCGGAAAUAAAAGAUUUAAAGCAACCUUCAAAUCGAUGUUUUUUGGAAAAAAUAUAAAUUUUUAAUUAAAAAAAAUGUUUAACAAUUUCAAAAAAAAAAAUGAUUUUGUAAUUAUUUUUUUUUUUUUAAUUUUAUGUUGAAGUUCAAAUCGUUUAAAUUUCUUGUCAUUAGUUUGAGACAGGAACACAAACGAUUUAGUUAUAUAAGAAAAAUUAAAUCAUUUGGUUUUUAGUACUUUUAAAAAUGGUUUUGUAUCAAUUAAUACUUUUGAAACUUUAAUUAUAAACGAUACCCUGAAAAACUUUAUAAAUUUUUUUAACGAUGUUUAAUUGAUUAUAUUCUGUUUGAUUUUUCUCUGCUAUUGUAUUUUAUUCGUAAAACAUUUGAAUUAUUUAUUA